AUGUUGGAUGUUGAAGUGACACUGGAUAUCAUGAGGAGAGUCAAGGUACUUGUCCUUGCUAUCAAUUUGUUGUACUUGCAUAAAGCUGCUUAUACUGAUGGCAAUAUCAGGAUCAGUGUUUUUACUAUGGGUUACACCUUUAUCCUUUACUCAGUGGAUCAUGAGACUUUCAUGCAUUUAUCAGCGGUGUCGAAAUGGGCUACUCCGGCUUUUCAUGCAGAAUCAAAAGUCUUGGUAAAAGCAUCUACCUGGUUAAAGAUUAUGGAUUUUGUUCUCGCAGUUGUAUGUCACAAAGAAGAUUCUUUAACUUUUCGUAUUGGUCUCCAAGAUUCUUUUGUUAAUUUGAAGACUAGAAUUAUAGCUUUUGAUGACCAGCCACGGAGUUCUGGAAUUAUACCUUUUGGGAAGCCACAAAUUGAUUAUGAUGUUCCAGAUAAAAUUAAGGAACCGUUGAAGUCUGCUCACUGGUUACAUCUUUUUGAGGGAGUUGAAAAGUUAUUCCCGGGAGGUGUUCGACAAAUUCGUUGUGAUUUACUAAAGUAUCACGCAGCAUCAUGUUAUGAAUUCAAGAUCUACAUGAAUGAGAAGUUGAGGAUUGGUGCAUGUUGUGCUAAUAAGAAAGAGGAGAAAUGUAACUGGCAUUUAUAUGUUGUGUAUGUUGAUUGUAUUGUAGGAAGUCCUUUUAUUAUCAAGGAACUAAAUAAUCACCAUACUUGUGUUGGUGGAUAUGUGAACAGACCAUAUAUAUUGAAGAAACUAGUUAGUAGCUUGAUUAUUGAUGAAAUUAAAUGGGAUCCUAAUAAGAAAACUAGGCUUAUUAUGGAACAAUUUACGAGAGAAUACGGCUUUGACAUUAGUCGUUAUCAUGCAUACUCAGGGAAGAAGAAUGCACCGAAUACUACAUGGGGAGAGAAUGAGAAAUCUUUUAUGUUCUUGAACUGGUAUAAAAACAAGUUGAUUGAAACCAAUCCUGGAUCUCGCUUGGUUUUGGAAGUUGAAGAAGGGACUCAAAAUUUUCAGAGGAUGUUUAUCUGUUUUGAAGCUUAUAGUCGCGGAUUCAAUUUCUGUCGUCCUGUAUUAUUCGUGUAUGAGACCCACUUGAAAAGCAAGUACCUUGGCCAUAUGAUGGCAGCAACAGGUCUAACCGGAAAUGAUGAAAUCUACCCUCUUCCUUAUGCUUUGGUUUCAUCGGAGAAUGAAGCAAACUGGAAAUGGUUUUUGGAAAAUUUUAAGGAAUUGCUUUCUCCUUUGCGACCAAAUCUUACUUUUGUGAGUGAUCGAGGUAUUGGAUUGGUAACUCAAAUUCAUGUUGUAUUUCCUGAGUGUUUUCAUGGUUGGUGCUACUGGCAUAUGGAAUGCAAUAUCAACUCAUGCUUACCAAAGAAUUGCAAGGUUUAUAACAAAUAUGUAUUGGGAAUGUUUAAGAAAUGUGCGUACGCUGCUACUCAUAAAGAGUUUACAGAGAAUUGGGAUAAGUUGAGGAAGGUUGAAAAUCAGAAGUUACAAGACUAUCUAAGUAGAUCUCAUGUUGAUAAAUGGGUCGUUGAAGAGAGAGAGAAGCCUAUGGCCAUCAUGGUUGAUGAGAUCGGGGUAAAGCUUAUGGACCAAAUGUGUAAACGUCGCGAGGACUCUGCAAACUUAUUGAAUUGGCGUCAAACUCUAUGUCCAGAAUAUGAAACUCUGCUCCACGACAACAAGAUGCAUGGUUGUAACUACCAAGUCACCAAGUCGUCGGAAUAUGUGUUUAAAGUUCAUGCUUCAAUAAGACAAACGGUCGAUUUGAAAAGAAGAACAUGUUCUUGCAACCGUUGGCGUAUUGACGGUUUCCCGUGUGCCCAUGUUGUCCGUUGCAUCAUCUUGAAUGGAGAAGAUCCUUACAAGUAUGUUGAACACUACUUUACAGUAAAGUUCUACCGAGAAUCAUAUAAACAUGCAAUCAAUCAUGUUCCCGCAGUCGAAAAGCCCAUGACAGUGUCUCCGAAAUCGAUGGUUUUUGGUCCGAAUAAUGGACCACAGCCAGGACGUCCAUCGAAGAAAAAGUGGAUUCCUAAUACAGGUUCAGUUCCCAACAAAAAGAUGAGAACCUGUGGUUCCUGCAAGGUUUUGACCACCCAUAAUAAACGGACAUGCCCUUCUCGUUAG